UUUCGUUCCCCACUUCAAGGGAACUUUUUCUCUCCACCACCGUUAGAGAAGUUCGGUACAAGCACCACAAGCUGAAACAAGCCUUUUGAUUCUUUCUUGCUCUCAAUCAAUAGCUCAACCCAGCGCAUCCGCAUCAAUUCUGAGAUUGCGUUCUACAUUCACCAAUUUCGCGUUGCGCAUUCCACAGGCGCAACAAGUGAACGAAGGGAGGAAAAAAAUAAGAAAAAGAGAAGGAGAAGAAAAAGACAGACAGACAGACAGACAGACAGACAGACAGACAAAGAGAGAUAAGAGGCAACGACUGAAGAGCAGAAAGGGGAGACAAUAUGGCAUCAACACAGUCCACCUCUAUGGCGACACCAGAACUAUCAGCUCUCACUAAACUCAUCUCUCACUCCGCAUCCUCCGAACCCCUCUCCGCAAGCACAGUCCAAAUCCUCCACAACCUCCAACACCAGCACCUAUGGACAUCAAUUCAAAUUCACGAUCUCAAGAACCCAAACCUCAGGGCUUCAGCGUUAGGAGCAGAGCUAGCAACAAUACCUUCAGAAGAUCAAACAGCUCCCCGGUAUCUAAUCUCUGGUAUACCUCCGCAUCGAGUCUACACACAUCCGGAUGAGCAACUAUACCUACUAGAACGAGGACUCCGUGAAGAAGACAUCGAACUGGAGCGCAUGUUUGUUUUACCGACUGUUAAAAAUCAAGCGUGGAGUCUGCGCAAGAUGGCGUCAGUGUUCGAUUCGCUUCCUGACGAGGUGGACAUUCAGGCUGAGGAGGCUUCAAUGAAUGACGGUGACGAAACAAAUGAUGGGGCCAGUGGAGAAAAAAAGGCCAAGCUGGUAGAGUACUACGAGUAUAGAAAGAAGGCUCGUCUCACGAAGGAGUGGGGUGGAAAGAGGCUCCUCCUUGCCAUGGUGGAUAGGGGAAUGGGCGGUGAUGGGACCGUGGUCUAUUAUGUUGUUCAAGAGGGUGCUGUGAAGCCUCGGCAAAAUUAGAGACCCUCUAUCCAAAUUACAGUUGUGACCCCGGUUUGCGAUCCACUACAGGAAGUACAACAAACGGAGUGAUAUCAUACUCGAAUCACGAGUGUGGGCCACGACAUGAGAGGUUACGGUCGAUCUCUUAAUCUCUUCGGUGUGCUAUACA